AUGCCGGUGUCCACCGCGCCCGCGGCCGCCGCCGCCGCCGCCGCACCGGCCGAUCCUCGUGGGCACGACUGUGUGAUAGUUGAUGACUUUGGUGAGGUGUUCUGGAAACCACAAGUGCAGAUGGAAUUUUCGGAGCAAGCCGUGAUCCUCGGCGGUACAACAAUAGCGGACAAGCUCCUGGUCUGCCUGACCGCCGCCCUGGCGUCGUGCAGGCGCCUGGAGCCGCAGUACCUGCCGCCUCGCUCCGGCGCCUACCGAGCGAGCGCGACGGCCUACGCCAGCGCCAGCGCCAGCGCGAGUGCCUUCGCCGACUUCCGCUUCGACAACCAGAACAACGGGGACGGGAGCUAUCGGUACAGAUACGAUACUCCAACCGGCAUCUCAGCCCACGAGAGCGGGUCCCCGCGCGCCGUCGCCCGGGGGGCCGCGGGGGCGGGGGCGGCUGCGGGGGCCGCGGUGACGGCGGAGGGGGGCUACUCGUACACGGCCCCCGACGGCCAGCAGAUCUCGCUCACGUACACGGCGGACGAGGCCGGCUUCCACCCCGCCGGCGCGCACCUGCCCACGCCGCCGCCCAUACCCGACGCCAUACUCAAGUCCAUUGAGUUCAACAAGAGGAAUCCUUCCAACGAUGAAGGAGCUUACCGAGACUCCGGCUACCGCUACUGA